AACAUGAAGAAUUUUACUGAUGUUGUGAUAUUUGUACUGAAAGGCUUCACUGAUAAAUUGGAACUACAGGUCGUUUUAUUCUUACUCUUUCUAGCAAUUUACUUGUUCACUAUGAUUGGAAACUUGGGGUUGGUUCUAUUGGUUAUUGCAGACUCCAGACUUCACAACCCUAUGUAUUACUUCCUGAGUGUGUUAUCAUCUGUGGAUGCCUGUUUUUCCUCUGUAAUUAUGCCAACUAUGCUAGUAGAUUUAUUGUCAAAAAAUAAAGUCAUUUCAUUUCUUGGAUGUGCAACACAGAUGUUCCUCGCGGUUACUUUUGGGAGCACAGAGAGCUUUCUUCUGGCAGCAAUGGCUUAUGACCGCUAUGUAGCUAUCUACAACCCCCUCCUGUACUCAGUGAGCAUGUCACCCAGAGUCUAUGUGCCACUCAUUAUUGCCUCAUAUAUUGGUGGCAUUUUAAAUGCCUCUGUACAUACAGUCGCCACAUUUAGCCUGACCUUCUGUGAUUCCAAUGAAAUUAAGCAUUUCUUUUGUGACAUCCCUCCACUCCUCGCGAUUUCUUGCUCUGAUACUCACAUCAACCAGAUUCUGCUUUUCUAUUUUGUGGGUUCUAUUGAGAUCCUGAGCAUCCUCAUUAUCCUGAUCUCCUAUGGUUUCAUCCUGUUGGCAAUCCUAAGAAUGAAUACUGCUGAAGGGAGACGAAAAGUCUUUUCUACAUGUAGCUCUCACCUCACCGGUGUGUCAAUCUAUCAUGGGACAAUUCUCUUCAUGUAUGUGAGACCAAGUUCCAGUUAUGCCUUGGAUCAUGACAUGAUAGUGUCAAUAUUUUACACUAUUGUGAUCCCCAUGUUGAAUCCCAUCAUCUAUAGUUUAAGGAACAAAGAUGUUAAAGAAGCAACAAGAAGAGUCCUUGGAAAAAACUGGUUUGUCAACAAAGUCUUUUUUUCACACCGAAAAUAA